AUGGAUCUGUCGAAGUACUCCACCGAGAAUCCCAUUGUUCUUGAAUUACAAAAGCACACACUGAAAGUGAUAGACACCAUAUUGGCUUACAAAUUCUCAUUGGCCCAGGCUGGCACUACCCUGACACUCUACAUCAACAACAAAAAGCGUACCUGCCGGGCACUCCUUGAGCUGGAGAAUUCACCUGAAUCUGUCUGCACCACCUACAAGUCAAUCAUGUAUUACUACUGUGAGGUACUGCUGGCAUUCUGCAAAGAGGUACAGGAUGAUGCCCCUGGUUCAGACAAAGCAUGGUGUUCGGCUCAUCUCGACUACCAUUUUACAAUGGCAUUUAACAGCAACGUAUUCAAUAAGAAAAUGCAGCAUGUCAAGCUGAGACGGAUUCCUACAGACUACCAUACAUUAUCAUGCAAGGACCAGGACAUGUGUGGUGAUACGACCAGGAUGCACAAGGCUUCAGUGGAAAAUAUGAUUGACAAUGUAGUAGGACAGUACAAAUCCAGCAGUCCAGUGGUGGGCACAUUGGUGAAGCUCGAGAAGGCAGUUCAAUUCGAUCCUGGUGUUCAGGAACAGAAGGGAAAGGUGACCAGUAGGACCACCAGAAAGGUCAAAGCAACUGUGGCCCCUAUAGGGUCUGCAACAUCCUCAGGCACUACCUCUCACCUAGAGGAGGAUGAUAUUGACGAGGCUGCAAAUUUGUUCCAUAUCAAGCAGGACAGAAAAAAGACACCUAAUGAUAGAGGGCAGCCAUCAGGCAAAGGUUGGUCUCAGGGAGAUCAACUGACCAUGGCAAUCCCAUCAGUACACUUAUUGAUUAGGAUGUUCGCAGAAGCGCCACAACACAUGCCACUACUGACAUACAGGGUCAGGCUCGCACGAAGCGUCCUACAAGGGCUGUCAGCGCCAAAGGAAAAUCAAAAGAAAUUGUCGAGUCUGAAGAAGAAGUCUGAUGUCGACGACAAUGCUGCCACAUAUUCAACACCUGACAUUGACGACAGAAUUAUAUCAACUAACAACCUGCAGAAAGAUGUGCUAUCACAGAAGCAGCCCCAUAAGGUUGUGUUGAGAGGCGACAAGGCUGAUGUAGUCCAGGAUAAAUAUAAUCUCAACACUGGACACACCACAGGCACCGUUGUGGCAAAUCAUCCAAUUGAUGGGGAUGUCGACGGAACACUUAUUCCUGAUAGUCCUGGGUGUCUUGAGAUUAAUGACGGCACCAAUUUCAAUGAUGCAGUAGGGAUGGACCAUCUGUAUUCCAUGCUUGUGCACAUCGACACGCAUCCUCAAUACUUAGCACAUAUUUUCCAUGAGCUGGGAAAGGCGUCAUAUGAAGAGCAACUCGGAAGUAGUCACCCUAACUUUAGGCCUCUACCAGAACUACCGACUCCUAUUCAUAGCAUGAUAUUGCACGACAAGUUGAAUUGGUUGCAGGUCUUGUCACAUGAUGAUGAUGAUGAACAUGCUGAUUAUGUGGAUGCCAAAGGAGAUGUUGAUGAUGAUGAUGGUGAUGAUGAUGAUGGAGAUGUAGCAGGGGCCCUCAAUGAUAUGGACAUCUCAGAGUCGACUGACCUUCCAGAUGGAACAGAUCAGCAAAAAUGGAAGAGGGCCAUGUCGAGCACGUUCUCUCCCCCAAAGGUAAUAGUCAAGGCGGACGGGGCAUCCAAAGUGUUCCAAGAGCAGGAUAGCAAAGCUCUUUAA